GAAAUAAUACUUUGGUAAAUUAGAAAAGUUCGAUUGAAAGAUCAGCAAAUGCAAAAAACACCAUACACAAUUAAAAUAUUUUCAAAUUGACAAUUGGUCCGGCAGCACCACAUGGGUUGUUCUAGGGUUGUUGUCGCUUUGAAAAUUUCGAUGUAUUGAAGUAUCGAUACGCGUGUCUUUAUAAAUCAGCUGCCGUCUCGGUUGUAUCUGCGGUUUUUGCAUAACAAAAUCUUUAAAUUAUCCUAAAACCACAAGAAAGAGAGGGAGAGUAACCAAAAUUGCUGAAAACGGAAACGUAAAGCGAUAACGUAGUGUACUUACAUAGAGAAUAGCAACAAGAUAAUAAGGAAGAGUGAUGGGUCAAUACACGGCGUCGCAGCGCAAAAAUGUGAGAAUUCUGCUUGUCGGCGAUGCUGGAGUUGGCAAAACGUCGUUAAUAUUGUCCCUGGUCAGCGAGGAGUAUCCCGAGGAGGUGCCGCCUCGAGCCGAAGAGAUUACAAUACCGGCGAACGUGACUCCCGAACAAGUGCCCACCAAUAUCGUUGACUUUUCGAGCGUUGAGCAAUCCGAUGAAGCACUGGCCGCCGAGAUAAACAAAGCGCACGUCGUGUGCAUUGUGUACGCCGUGGACGAUGACGACUCGCUCGAUCGUAUAACAUCGCACUGGCUACCCCUAGUCCGCUCCACCUGUAGCAGCAGCAGCAGUACAAACACAGACGGCGAGCCCGAUGUGGCGCGCAAGCCAAUUGUCUUAGUUGGUAACAAAAUUGAUUUGAUCGAGUAUUCAACCAUCGACAGUGUUUUGGCCAUCAUGGAGGACUAUCCGGAGAUUGAGAGCUGUGUUGAAUGCUCCGCUAAGACUCUGCACAACAUUUCCGAAAUGUUCUACUACGCACAAAAGGCGGUGCUGCAUCCCACCUCACCGCUCUACAUCAUGGAGGAGCAAAAUCUGACGCCUGCCUGCAAAAAGUCGCUGGUGCGCAUAUUCAAGAUAUGCGAUAUUGAUAGCGACAAUCUGCUGAAUGAUUACGAGCUGAACCUCUUUCAGAGGCGUUGCUUUAAUACGCCGCUGCAGCCACAAAUAUUGGAUGAGGUGAAGUCCGUGAUACAGAAAAACGUGCCGGAUGGCAUCUACAAUGAUGCCGUGACGCUGCAGGGAUUUCUCUUUUUGCAUUGCCUGUUCAUACAGCGUGGACGCAACGAGACAACGUGGGCGGUGCUGCGGCGAUUUGGCUACAACGAUCAAUUGGAGAUGUGCAAGGAGUAUUUGCGGCCGGCGUUGAAGAUUCCGCCGGGCAGCAGCACGGAGUUAUCGCAUCGCGGUCAACAGUUUUUGAUUGCGCUCUUCGAGCGGUACGAUCGCGAUGGCGAUGGCGCGCUGUCGCCGGAAGAGCACAAAAUGCUAUUCAGCACCUGCCCAUCGCCGCCCUGGUCCUAUUCGACGGACAUACGCAAGUCGUGUCCGACCAAUGACUGCGGCUGGGUCACACUGCACGGUUGGCUGUGCCGUUGGACGCUGAUGACCCUGAUCGAUGUGGUCAAAACCAUGGAGUAUCUGGCCUACUUGGGCUUCAAUGUACACGAAAACGACAGCCAACUGGUGGCCAUCCAUGUGACGCGAGAGCGUCGCAUUGAUCUGGCCAAGCGGCAGAGCAGUCGGUCCGUGUACAAGUGCCACGUGAUCGGACCCAAGGGCUCGGGCAAGACCGGACUGUGCCGCGGCUUCCUCAUUGACGACAUGAGCAAGCUGCUGGGCAAAGAGUUCAAGACGAAUGUGGUGCACUGCAUCAACUCGGUGCAGGUGUAUGGCCAGGAGAAGCAUUUAAUAUUGCGUGACAUCGAUGUGCGGCAUGCGCUCGAUCCGCUGCAGCCGCAGGAGGUGAACUGCGACGUUGCCUGCCUGGUGUACGAUUCCUCCAAUCCGCGCUCUUUCGAGUAUGUGGCCCGCAUAUACAUUAAAUACUUUGCGGAAAGCAAAAUUCCUGUCAUGAUUGUGGGCACCAAGUGUGAUCUCGAGGAGCGUCGCCAGGACUAUCUAAUGCAGCCGGCGGAGUUCUGCGACAAAUACAAGCUGCUCCCGCCCCAUCUCUUCAGCCUGAAGACCAACAAAAAGGAGCUCUACACUAAGCUGGCCACAAUGGCGGCCUUUCCGCGCUUUCAAGCCGCCUGGAUACUGUUCUACAAGCACAGGUUGGUACAGCUGUGGGAAUCGGCAUAUUUGCGACAAUUCGGACUGAUGACUGAGGAUCCGAAGGUAUGGCUCAAAGCUGGCUUGGGCGUGGCCGCCGCCACGGUGCUGGGCUUCAUAGUUCUAAAGGCGAUAAGUGCAACUGGAACGCACUCUCGUUAAGGAUUUUCAGGACCGGCGGUAACUGCCCAGGAGGACACCCACAACACAAACACACAAAUGUUCAGAAAUUUAUGUAAUUUAUGUUAACUGCGGAUUACAAACGCUUUUAAUUGUAAACCGUUACAUUAUCAAAAUUUUGGUUGAAAAUGCCGCGUGAAACUUUUCAAGUGGAUUGAUAAAAGGAAGAUUUUCCAUUUUCAUGUCAAAA